UAUAUGUAAAAGCGGAACUUAUAAAGAACAAAAAUUGGUCGACAAAAGUUAUCUCGAAAAAGGAGAGAUCAGAAAUAAGAAAAAUAAUGUCAUCACAAAUAAAAGAACAAUGAUCUAUUCAGAUUUACUGACCAUUUGUUCAUUGCUUAUUUUGAAAGGCACAUCUACAGCGAAUUCGCAAUGCUAUACUGUUGCAGAUGUUUGUGAAAGCUACUGUCAUGUACUAACAACACAGGAAAUGACAACAACAGCAGAUAUUACUACUACACCAGAGAUAACCACGACUGAAGCCACUACUACACCAGAGAUAACCACGACUGAAACUACUACUACACCAGAGAUAACCACGACUGAAGCUACUACUACACCAGAGAUAACUACGACUGAAGCUACUACUACACCAGUGAAAACUACGACCGAAGCUACUACUACACCAGUGAUUACUACGACUGAAGCUACUACAACACCAGAGAUUACCACGACUGAAGCUACUACUACACCAGAUAUUACAACAACUGAAUCUACUACGACACCAGAGAUUACAACAACUGAAGCUACUACUACACCAGAAAUUACAACAACUGAAGCUACUACUACACUAGAGAUCACAACAACUGAAGCUACUACUACACCAGUGAUAACAACUACUGAAGCUACUACGACACCAGAGAUAACAACUACAGAAGCUACUACUACACCAGAGAUAACUACGACUGAAGCUACUACUACACCAGUGAUAACUACGACCGAAGCUACUACUACACCAGAGAUAACAACGACUGAAGCUACUACUACACCAGUGAUUACUACGACUGAAGCUACUACUACACCAGAGAUUACCACGACUGAAGCUACUACUACACCAGAGAUUACAAAAACUGAAUCUACUACGACACCAGAGAUUAAAACAACUGAAGCUACUACUACACUAGAGAUCAGAACAACUGAAGCUACUACUACACCAGAAAUUACAACAACUGAAGCUACUACUACACUAGAGAUCACAACGACUGAAGCUACUACGACACCAGAGAUCACAACAACUGAAGCUACUACUACACUAGAGAUCACAACAACUGAAGCUACUACGACACUAGAGAUCACAACAACUGAAGCUACUACUACACCAGAAAUUACAACAACUGAAGCUACUACUACACUAGAGAUCACAACGGCUGAAGGUACUACUACUCCAGAGAUAACAACGACCGAAGCUACUACUACACCAGUGAUCACAACGACUGAAGGUACUACUACUCCAGAGAUAACUACGACUGAAGCUACUACUACUCCAAAGAUAACGACUGAAGCUACUACUACGCCAGUGAUCACAACGAUUGAAGCUACUACUACUCCAGAGAUAACAACGACUGAAGCUACUACUACGCAAGAGAUAACAACGACUGAAGCUACUACUACUCCAGAGAUAACAACGACAGAAGCUACCACGACACCAGAGAUAACUACGACUGAAGCUACUACUACUCCAGAAAUCACAACGACUGAAGCUACUACUACACCAGAGAUAACAACGACUGAAGCUACUACUACGCCAGAGAUAACAACGACCGAAGCUACUACGACACCAGAGAUAACCACGACUGAAGCUACUACUACACUAGAGAUAACAACGACUGAAGCAACUACUACACAAGAGAUAACAACGACUGAGGCUACUACUACACCAGUGAUAACUACGACCGAAGCUACUACUACACCAGUGAUUACUACGACUGAAGCUACUACUACACCAGAGAUAACCACGACUGAAGCGACUACUACACCAGAGAUUACAACAACUGAAGCUACUACUACUCCGGAGAUAACCACGACUGAAGCUACUACGACACCAGAGAUAACAACGACUGAAGCUACUACGACACCAGAGAUAACCACGACUGAAGCUACUACUACACUAGAGAUAACAACGACUGAAGCAACUACUACACCAGUGAUAACAACUACUGAAGCUACUACUACACCAGUGAUUACUACGACCGAAGCUACUACUACACCAGUGAUUACUACGACUGAAGCUACUACUACACCAGAGAUAACCACGACUGAAGCUACUACUACACCAAAGAUUACAACAACUGAAGCUACUACUACUCCAGAGAUAACCACGACUGAAGCUACUACGACCCCAGAGAUAACAACGACUGAAGCUACUACGACACCAGAGAUUACAACAACUGAAGCUACUACUACACCAGAGAUUACAACAACUGAAGCUACUACUACACUAGAGAUCACAACAACUGAAGCUACUACUACUCCAGAGAUAACUACGACUAAAGCUACUACUACACUAGAGAUCACAACAACUGAAGCUACUACUACUCCGAAGAUAACCACGACUGAAGCUUCUACUACACCAGAGAUAACCACGACUGAAGCUACUACUACACCAGAGAUUACAACAACAGAAGCUACUACUACACCAGAGAUAACUACGACUGAAGCUGCUACUACUCCGAAGAUAACAACGACUGAAGCUACUACUACUCCGAAGAUAACAACGACUGAAGCUACUACUACUCCAUAUAUAACUACGACUGAAGCUACUACUACACCAGAGAUAACCACGACUGAAGCUACUACUACACUAGAGAUCACAACAACUGAAGCUACUACUACACCAGAGAUAACCACGACUGAGGCUACUACUACACCAGAGAUUACAACAACUGAAGCUACUACUACACCAGUGAUAACAACGACUGAAGCUACUACUACACCAGAGAUUACAACAACUGAAGCUACUACUACACCAGAGAUUACAACAACUGAAGCUACUACUACACCAGUGAUAACAACUACUGAAGCUACUACUACACUAGAGAUCACAACAACUGAAGCUACUACUACACCAGAUAUAACCACAACUGAAGCUACUACUAUACCAGAGAUAACCACGACUGAAGCUACUACUACACCAGAGAUUACAACAACUGAAGCUACUACUACACCAGAGAUUACAACGACUGAAGCUACUACGACACCAGAGAUUACAACGACUGACAUGACAACAACACCAACAACAACGCCAUCAAGGAAGUUUGUAUGUGAAUAUUAUUGUUAUACAGUGGGAGGUUGGUGUAAUAUUUCUGUGUCAACACCACUAUCUUAUGCAGCCAACGUAGCAAAGUAUGAUAAUCAGGAACUUCUUCUCGAUUCAGCAUAUUUUACCAUUAAAUUGACGAUAUCUUUGUGUAUCAAUUGGACAAACGAUUACUACUAUCCCCAUACUGAAGCGUACCAGACAAUCAGUCAACACAUAAAUGAAGAGUUGCUGGUGAUGUACAAGCCUAUGUCAGGAUUUGUUUCAUUAUCAAUUGUAAGGUUAAUACAAGGUAGUGUCGUUGUGGACUAUCGAAUUAAGGUAUCAGCGUCUGCGACUAGUCACGAAGUUUUAGCUUAUUUGCGUGAGAAGAAGGAUGCACUAGAGAGUUCCACAAUCUUUAAAGAUUAUAGAUUAACAGAUGAUUACAUAAAGGACCAUGGGAACUAUUUUCUUCGAAGUGCACAAACAACGCUUGAAAAUAAAUGUUCUGCUGUUGGUAUUUGCCCAACAGGAUAUGAUUGCAAAAAGUCUAUUCGGUCAUCUUUAAUUUGUGAACAUAAAUGUAAUAACCAUGUAUGCCUCAAUGGUGGAAUUUGUUAUUUAAAUGAAAGCAGUGCUCUUUGCAAUUGCGCUGAGAAUGAAAAAUAUAUGUAUAGUGGAAUGAAUUGUGAGAUUGUAAAUAACAAACAAGUAGAAGAAAAGAAUGAUGAACCAUUAAUAAUUGGAGUUUCGGUCGCUGCUGGAAUUAUCUUUAUUGUCCUCUUGGUUUGUCUAGGAUGCUGCUCUUAUAAACACUGCAGCAGAAAAUACAGCAUGAAUGAAUUCGACGUAGAAAGUAAAAGUUAUAGUCGAGACAUCAAGGUGCAGUUAGGGAUUGACGAAAAUGAGGAUGAUUUUAAAGACCUUGGUGAUCUAUUUGAUAGAUACGAUGACACAGGUUCAAUUGUGGAAAGUACUUAUUUAUAGUAAGGAAGUAAGAACGUAAACUCCCAAGAAACACCAAGUAUAAAUGUGAUGAAACUGGAACAUUAUAACGAAUUAUCGGUUUGUUUUGCAGUUCAAGAAUUUUUUUCGUAUUGAAUAGAAGACAAUCUAAAUGUACACUGCAACACGCUAAUUUUGGUACACUCGACAUGACAUGUGCUAAUAUAUAUCUAACGUCAGCAUGCGAAGAGUUCGUUUGAUAUUCAAUGAAAUGAAAGAUGAAAGGAAAGGGAUCUAAAUAAAUGAAAACCUUGUAUUAUGAUCCUUUGUUGUGUUUUUCUGAUGUUCUGCAAAUAUAAAUUGAUGUAGUAACGAAUGUAUAGUCAUAUAUAACCAAGUUUGAAAUGCUAAAACUUAUAUGUCAUGAUCAUUUGCAGUUGUGUUUGUCUUAUAUAAUAGUAUUGCUAUUCAGUCGAAAAUGCUAGCCUUUUUAGUCGAUAAUUCAUUAUAUAUUGA